GUCCUAGCUCCCGAGCUGAAUGAACGCUGCUCUCUCUGAACCAGAACUUCACUAAACCACCAUCCGCCCCCGCUGCUGGAAUUCAAUAACGCGCCAUGCAAGAAGCCAGCUCAGGAUGAAGAAAACCUUGCUGUUAUGCUUCAUACAUGGCUUUAAGGGGGGUGACGACACUUUCGCUGGCUUUCCCGAGCACCUGAAAGGCAUCCUCAGCCACGCUCUUCCUAAAGUUACCGUUAAGACUAUCACAUAUCCCAAGUUUGAGACUGUAGGAGAUCUGAAGGAAUGUGUCGGGAGGUUCAAAGAAUGGCUUCAGAACAAGGUCAUAGACCUGGAGGUCGCAAAUAGCACUCCUUCUCCCACUGUAGAUCCCUCCGUCCACACUAUCCUCAUCGGACACUCCAUGGGCGGCAUCGUUGCCGCCGAAACCCUCUUAUCGAUCGCCUCAGAACAACCCAUAUCCGAGUCUGCCUCAACUUUAAGUAACACUUCGCUCAUGUUCCCCUAUAUUCAAGCCGUCCUCGCAUUCGAUACGCCUUACCUAGGCAUCGCACCAGGAGUCGUUGCUCAUGGUGCAGAAGGCCAUUGGAAAAAGGGUCAAGCAGCGUAUAACGCUUACACCAACGUCGCAAGCGCAUUCGGUUGGGGCGGGGCGAAGACUCCCACGACGAAUAGCGCCAUCGAUGCUAGCAGGAUGCUUCCCAGUAGCACGUCCAUCAACGACGUUAAUGGCGAUGCUGCUGCCGCGCCGCUUUGGCAGCGAUGGGGCAAAGUCGCCAUGUUCGCUGGAGCUGCAGGCGCAGUUGCUGCAGGCGGUGCCGCGGCCUACAUGAACCGCGAUCAGAUCUCAGCAGGCUGGACGUGGGUAGGCUCACACCUUGAAUUUGUAGGAUGCCUCGCGCGCGGCGAAGAGCUGAAGAAACGGCUCGCGAGUUUAUGCAGGGUGUCUCAAGCACAUGAGCUUGGGUUUGCAAAUUUGUACACGACACUGGGUAAAGCGGUGGAGGACAAGUCAUCAUCCUCGUGGGCCGCUGGAGUCGUUGGAUCAGAUCGAACUUUCUGCGUGAUACCUGGCGACAAGUCAGAGAACAGGGGUUUCUUCAUCCCAGCCAAGAACGACAAAGCGACCGCUGAGACUUGGGCACAUAUGGGGAUGUUCGAUGUCAAGGAGAAUCCGGAUUACUACGACAUGGGCGCCCGGGCUAGGGAUCUGAUCGUUGGCUGGUGUCUGAACUCAUGGUACGAAGAAGCAACACCACCCGACCAGAAGUUGCUCGAGGAUACCAGUGAGGACGAUGUCGAGAUGGUCGACAAAGGCGACACCGAGCUCGGUGAAGAUUUCGAAAAUGUUCAACCCACCGAGGCCUGAUGCGUGUUCAUGGCUUUAUGCACGUUACGAAACCGAUGACUUUGGGUAGAUGAUUUUGUAAACUUGUAA